AUGCAUUCGCCGGCGUCCUACUCUCCUCUAGACAGUCAUAAUGGCCAUUAUGUCCGGCCGCCCAUUUCUCCUACUCCAAGCGAACAAGCGCUACUACAGCCUUACGAAUCCAGGGACCAUGGCGUAUCUCUGGAUGACCCCAUCACUCCUACUGAAUCUAUGCGGCGGUACACUUUAAAUGAUCCCGGGGCAACAAUCUUCGCCGCACCACCUUAUCAAGAAUCCGACUCGGCAAGCAUACAUGAUAGACAGGGCGCUCAAACCCCUCUUUCCAGGAAUGGAAGCCGAACAGACGCUCUAAGACGAUACGGGACAAGGAAAAUCAAAUUGGUUCAGGGAUCAGUUCUGAGUGUCGACUACCCGGUGCCUAGUGCUAUUCAGAAUGCCAUUCAAGCAAAGUACCGCGACGUCGAGGAGUCUCAAGAUGAAUUCAAGUUUAUGCGUUAUACGGCUGCUACUUGUGAUCCUGAUGAAUUCACUUUGAGGAACGGUUACAAUCUUCGUCCAGCAAUUUACAACAGGCACACCGAGCUUCUCAUCGCUAUAACCUACUACAAUGAAGAUAAAGUCCUAACAGCGCGUACACUACAUGGUGUUAUGCAGAAUAUUAGGGAUAUCGUCAAUCUCAAGAGGUCGGAAUUUUGGAACAAAGGAGGCCCUGCAUGGCAAAAGAUUGUUGUGUGUCUGAUAUUUGAUGGCUUUGAGCCAUGUGAUAAAAACACGUUGGAUAUUUUGGCCACGAUUGGCAUUUACCAAGAUGGCUUGAUGAAGAAAGACGUUGAUGGUAGAGAGACUGUUGCUCAUAUCUUUGAAUACACGACCCAACUCUCUGUUACCGCUACACAACAACUCAUCCGCCCACACGGGGACGACGCGACCAAUCUACCUCCGGUCCAAAUGAUGUUCUGCCUCAAACAGAAAAACAGCAAGAAAAUCAAUUCCCACCGCUGGCUGUUCAACGCUUUCAGCCGUAUCUUGAACCCAGAAGUUGUCAUCCUUUUGGAUGCCGGGACCAAACCAGGACCGAAAUCCCUUCUUGCUCUAUGGCAAGCGUUUUACAAUGAUAAAAACUUGGGGGGGGCCUGUGGAGAGAUCCAUGCAAUGCUGGGCCCGCGGUGGCGGAAAGUCCUUAAUCCUUUGGUGGCAGCGCAAAACUUCGAGUAUAAGAUUUCGAAUAUCUUGGACAAACCAUUGGAGAGCUCCUUUGGAUACGUGAGUGUGUUACCAGGCGCGUUUUCGGCUUAUCGGUAUCGCGCAAUUAUGGGUCGUCCAUUAGAACAAUACUUUCAUGGAGAUCACACCCUGUCAAAAAGACUAGGUAAAAAGGGCAUCGAAGGCAUGAAUAUCUUUAAGAAGAACAUGUUCUUAGCUGAGGAUCGAAUUCUCUGCUUCGAGCUUGUUGCUAAAGCAGGGUUCAAGUGGCAUCUCAGUUACGUCAAAGCAUCCAAAGGAGAGACUGAUGUACCAGAGUCAGCAGCCGAGUUCAUCAGUCAAAGACGUCGAUGGCUCAAUGGCUCUUUUGCUGCAGGUCUCUAUGCUAUGAUGCACUUUGGUCGUAUCUAUAGUAGCGGGCACAAUAUCAUUCGUCUUUUCUUUCUGCAUAUUCAGAUGAUAUACAACUUUUGCCAAUUGAUUAUGACGUGGUUUUCUUUGGGCUCAUACUGGCUCACAACCUCUGUUAUAAUGGACCUUGUUGGCACACCGAGCACAACUAACAAAGAGGUUGGAUGGCCAUUUGGAAAUACCGCAACGCCUAUUGUCAAUAACUUUCUCAAAUAUGGAUAUAUUUUUGUUAUCUUGCUGCAAUUUGCACUUGCCCUGGGCAACCGUCCAAAAGCGACGAGGAUCCCAUAUACACUCUCCUUCCUCUACUUUUCCAUUGUCCAGCUCUACAUCUUAGUGCUUUCCUUUUACUUAGUUGUCAACGCUUUCACUGGUCAAGUCCUCGACUUCAACCUCGACAACGGUAUCGGGGCCUUUUUAACAUCAUUCUUCAGCUCCAGCGGUAGCGGCAUCAUAUUGAUUGCUUUGGCGUCAACGUAUGGCAUUUACAUAAUUGCCAGCGUACUGUACAUGGAUCCAUGGCAUAUCCUCACAAGCUCAUGGUCCUACUUUCUCGGCAUGACCACAUCAAUCAAUAUCUUGAUGAUAUACGCCUUUUGUAAUUGGCACGAUGUUUCCUGGGGCACCAAGGGGUCCGACAAGGCAGACGCAUUACCUUCAGCGCAGACAAAGAAAGACGAUGAUAGCAAGAAAGUGUUUAUCGAAGAGGUCGAUAAGCCCCAAGCCGAUAUUGACAGUCAAUUCGAAGUCACCGUGAAGCGGGCACUGGAGCCAUGGGUUGAGCCCAAGGAAGACGACCAGAUGAGCCUUGACGACUCGUACCGAAAUUUCCGGACGACUUUGGUUCUUCUUUGGGUCUUUAGUAACUUGCUUUUGGUGCUACUGAUUACGACUAAUGAGAUCCCAUGGCAGAACACUUCUACUACGCGAACUUCGUGGUAUUUCGAGGUCGUCUUAUGGACCACGGCAGGGUUGUCUAUCUUUCGCUUUAUGGGAUCCAUGUGGUUUCUGGUCCGUUCAGGCAUUCUGUGCUGUGUAUCUCGCAGGUAG